AUCAAUCUAAAGAACCGUUUCACCAUGCAGAGAGCCAUGUAAGCAUGCAAGUGGUUCUGUAUAGAACCAGUGCCUUUACUAAAGAACCGUCUGUUUAAAGAGCGCACAGUAAAGUGUAAGAUGUUUAUGUCAAUGCAAUCAAAUGUCAUAAAAAUAAAGCAUCUUGUUGAAUAAAUGUGGAUUUCUGUGUAUCAUCAGUUUAGCAUGACCCGACUUCAUGCGUCUUUGUUCCUCAAUCCGGUUCAAACCGGUUUGGAGAAAGGAAAAAAAUACUACUACAGUCGUUUCCUGCAAUAGGACAAGGCAGCAGAAUGCUGACGUCUACAACCAGCCAAUGGGAACCGGGGCGAGAAUUCCAGCCAAUCAGAGCGCCGGAGCGGCACCGCUACCAAAUUUGCAUACGUUUUGUAUAUAUACACAUCUGCCCUGUGUGUGUCAUGUGCUGUUUGUUGUUCUGUUUGUGGACCAAUACUUAUUUCUCACGAUGCCGGAGCCAGCUAAAGCCGCGCCGAAGAAAGGCUCGAAGAAGGCGGUGACCAAAACAGCGGGGAAAGGGGGCAAAAAACGCAAGAAGUCCCGCAAGGAGAGCUAUGCCAUCUACGUGUACAAAGUCCUGAAGCAGGUUCACCCAGACACAGGCAUCUCUUCCAAGGCCAUGAGCAUCAUGAACUCUUUCGUCAAUGACAUUUUUGAGCGGAUUGCCGGAGAGUCGUCCCGCCUGGCUCACUACAACAAGCGCUCCACGAUCACCUCCCGGGAGAUCCAGACUGCCGUGCGCCUCCUGCUGCCUGGAGAGCUGGCCAAGCACGCCGUGUCCGAGGGCACCAAAGCAGUGACAAAGUACACCAGCUCCAAGUGAGAACGCCACAGUGACGGACCCAACACUUUCCCAAAAAGGCUCUUAUAAGAGCCGCCCACAACACAAUAAAAGAGCACCUUUCCUCUUUACGGUGUUUUAAUCUGCUUGUGGUAUAUUUACAGAAUAAAGAAGUGAUGAUCUGGCCCGUAUUCGUGGUGCUAACAGCCUGUACUAACGUCAGUGCUAGCUUGUUAACAGUAUUGGCACUGUGUGGAAAUGGAUUCAAAGUUGUUUUCUGUACAAAAAAUAAAAUAACUACGAAUAUAAAAGUC